CAUAACACGGGGCCAGGGAUCCUUCAUUGGUGUCGGCGAGCGAUGCGUCUUCCUGGAGGUUUGCAUAGAUUGGCACUGAGGAAAUUGAUAGGGCAGCAGCGGCGAUGCUUUGCCUCUCGCAUUGUCUCGCCCGCUCGGUGUCUGGUCGAUCGGGCGAAUUUUUUCCGGCCUGAGACUGGAUUGUCCAGGCUUGUUGGGGGCUUGCUAGGGGCCCCGAUCGGCGAUGUCAGUGAUGCUAGGCAGCAGCAGAGACGAGGGUUUCUGGGUUUUGGUGAUGGAGAUGAAGACAGGGGGCUUUCCAAGCACUACGAAGAGAAGCGAGUCAUGGGGUACACGCCAGAGCAACUGUUCGACGUGGUCGCAGGUGUUGAUAUGUAUGAGGAAUUUGUGCCUUGGUGCCAACGGUCCAACGUGAUCUGGCAGAAAGGCAGCGAACUUGAAGCAGAGCUUGAAAUAGGAUUUCAGUUCUUUGUCGAGAGCUACACCUCGCAUGUUCAGCUCACACGGCCCAAACUCAUCAAGACAUCGGUCUCGAAGAGUGCAAUUUUCGAGUACUUGAACAACACAUGGGAAAUAAGUCCUGGACCUUCUCCCGCAACAUGCAACCUCCACUUUACGGUCGACUUUCAGUUCAGGUCUCCUUUGUACACGAAGGUAGCGAACGUAUUUUUUGACGAAGUCGUCGCUCGACUUGUUGCUGCGUUUGAAAACCGCUGCUUGAGGGUAUACGGCCCUUCAAAGGUUGUUAUGCAUGCGUAAUCAGGUUUAGGUGGGGUGGGAAGAGGCCCUCCUUUUUUGUUUCCUCUCUUCCAUCAUUUGUGAAGCACAUUGCUUCGAAUCGCAUUCCGGGAUGUAAUCUCACUUACCUUCGCCAAA